CUCGCCCUCUUCAAUUCUGGUCUUUAAAUUCUUUGGGAGGAGGAGAAAAGGCGCGUUGAGGUGCGUUUGUUUACAUAUUUCGGCUACCGGCUUUUUAAAAAAUAAUCGAGACAAUCAAAACAAACCCGGCCUUAUGUUGAAGAAGGUAAAUAUGUUUUUGUUGUAAUCGGAUGUGCUAACAACUACGCCCAGCCAGUUACGAAUUACAUAUUGGAAACUAAAAACAUGGCUGAAACAGAAAAUGCGUUAAGGGAAGCCUCAAGAAAUGGUGAUACGACUACAGUAACUAAACUUCUUGCUGAUUCUGUGGCUCAAACACCAAAUGAGGUUGGUGAUACACCAUUGUUACUAGCUACAUCCUGUUAUAUGACUGAACCCAAAUAUGUAGAAGUUGUACGGUCACUACUAGAUGCUGGGGCUGAUAUUGAUGUAAAAAAUAAGGAAGGAAAUGCUGCAAUUCACAAUGCUGCAUCAAAUGGUAAUUUAGAAAUAAUGGAACUCCUACUUGAACAUAAUGCGAACAUUGAACUUGAAGGAGAGAACAAUAUGGUAGCUUUAGGCGUGGCAGCCACUAAGAAGCAUCAUGCAGUUGUAAAUAUACUUGUCAAGAAACUUGUCGAAGACAAGAAAUUCUCCAAAAAACAAGUAGAGUGGAUGAUCAAGGCGGAUAAUGAGACGCAACAACUUCACAUCUACAGAGCAUUGACCGCCAUAUUUAAAGAAAAAGUGGCAUUGAAGGAGCUUUUAAAGUUUGGAGUAGUUGAGGCAAUCUUGACCGGCAUGACAAAAUUUUCCAAAAAAUCUAUUCAGACCUCGGGUUUACAACUUCUUCAACAGAUAAUCGCGUUAGAUGAGGGUUUGAAGUUAGUUAAAUCCGCAAAUAUAAAAGACAAGGUAAACGAGGCCACUAAAGAACAUGCCAGCGACGCUGUGGUACAGCAUCUUGUUAACGAAAUUGUUACUAAAUUGUAAAUUAUACGACAAAAGAUUUCAACCUCUAUUUUUUUAAUAUUCGUUGUGUAUGGUAUUUAAGUUUUAUUAAGUUAUAUUUCUUUUUGUUAUGGUUAUAGUCUUAUUUUAAAAAAAGCGUGAGAUGAUUUUAUGUUUUACUUAUUUUUUGUCUAUAUGCGGGUACAUUUUAUAAAAACUAUAAAACCAGGUCAUUUUCUGAAAGGUUAUAAAAAUGUGAAUUAAAGGAAUGGACGUUGUCGUUAAAAUUAUUUUAUGAUACAAGCUUUGUAUAUCUACUUUAUAUAUCUACUUUAGUUUCUGGUAUUUAAAGUGUGAAUGGUCUUAUUGAACUGUAUACCUGUAUGUAUUUCUCACCGGAAUUUUCUGACAGAUUCUGUGCAAAUUGCACGGAAUUUUAUUCUUUUCAGCUUUUUAUAUUUAUUUUUCUAUUUAAUAUUUUUUAAUAUUUUCUAUUUCUCUUUUUGUACUCAUUUGUAAUUUUAUGAUUUAUGGAAAAAAAUGCUGGAAAAAGAAAAUAAAUAAUAUUUUUAAA